AUGGAGGAGCCAGAGAAGAGCAGAGCGUCUGUUUCGGCUAAAACUGAUGUAGAUUCGGUGAAGGAUGUUUCGUGUCGAGCUUCGGCUGAUUCGGUUAAGGCAUCGCGAUCCAAACCGAGACUGAAAGUGUUCAGUAAAGUGAUGGAGAAGAGUCUGCAGUGGCUGCUGGACAACGCCAGUUUCGACAGGUUUUCCCACUAUUUCCAGCCUCUGUCAAAGCAGAACCCUCAGCUGACCGAAGCCAUGCACAAACAGUUCAUCAGCCAGCUGCAGACUUUAGUUCAGAAAGAGAUCUCCUCUGUGAUCGAUGAGGGAGAGCUGCAGGUGAAGUUUGAAGAGCUGGACCGACUGGAGGAGCUCGCUAAAGACACAACACAAGCUGCAUGGCGUCCGAGCGGCGCUCCAGAGCAGGACGUGUGCAGUGCUUUAGUGUCUUAUUAUAAGAAGCAGGAGGAGUACAUGCGGAUCCAGCUGAAGAAGCUCCAGAAGGAGAACACAGGGCUUGCUCAGAAAGUGCAGUCCGGCCGAGAGAACAUCACACACACAGAGAAGCACAUCGCUUCAGGAGUGGAGGAGUGGAGGGCAUCACUUGAAGAUCUGGAAGCUUUCGUCUCGACUCUUUCUCCGUCUGAACACUUCGGGUCUCUCUAACAUCAGUUUUUGUGUGUAUUUAGUGAAGCUUGCAUAUAAUUUUAUUGUGCAUCUUGCAAGGUUUAUUUCGAUUUUCAUUAAUAUGUGUUCUCCAUUUAUUAAACGUCUUGUUUCAUUGUGGAAUAAAUCAAUAAAAAACA